AUGGCACAGAUGGAGCUGCUGUGGGCGGCCGCCGUGCUGAUGCUGCUUGGGGCUGCCAUCAGCCUCUGUGUCAAGUGCCAGCUCUCUGCCUCCAAGCGAGAGAAGCAGCUGAGCAAGCAGAGGAGCCAGCUCGAAAGCCAGCGGAGAUUUGAGGUGAUUCGAAACCACUCCAGGAGCAAGACCAAGACCAGGUACCAGAAUUUCCUGACAGAGGACCGCCUGCAAGGGGAUGCUGUCUACGUGGAGCCCAUAUCUCUGGAUUACUACAACUAUGCCAGGUUCUUCACCCCACCCUAUGAGAAAGAGGAGGAUUCCCAUUCCUAUCAGAAUGUCAUCAUUGGAGUGUCUCGUGGCUCUGAUCCAGAGAAAGAGGAGGAUUCCCAUUCCUAUCAGAAUGUCAUCAUUGGUGUGUCUCGUGGCUCUGAUCCAGAUGAUGCUGAGGACUACAAGAACAGCACAGCCAUACACAUGUGGAAACUGCAGCAAGCAAAAGCUCUGCGGGCAGAAAGCUCGGAUGAGGAGCCAGACUAUGUCAACACAGCCCCUGUGUCAGGCCCUCCCCCUCUGUCAAAGCAAAGGAGCAGCGGGUGUGAUUAUGUUCCCUCGGUGCUGCAGAAGAGAAUCUGCUCCAAACUGGAGCUGAAAGCAGCCACUGAAACAGUGGAAGCCACUUCAAGCAGGUAG